AUGAAAUUCGGAAGAAAUCUGCCGCGCAACCAGGUCCCCGAGUGGGCGGCCUCAUACAUCAACUACAAGGGCCUCAAGAAACUUGUGAAAGCAGCAGCAGAGAAAGCAAAGAAUGGGGAAAAGGUGGAUCCUGCAGAAUUCUUUUUCGCUCUUGAUCGAAACCUCGAAGAUGUCGACUUUUUCUACAACAAGAAACUCGCCGAGUUCUGCCGCCGGCUGAACCUUCUUCAAAACCGAUAUGGACGAACCCCCGAUGUUGUCGCUACCCUGGAUCAGGAUGAAGUCGAAGAAGUCAUGGGCGCUCUACUUGAGCUGAGAAGCCAGUUUCGAAACUUGCAAUGGUUUGGUGAGAUUAACCGCAGGGGUUUUGUCAAGAUAACAAAGAAACUCGACAAGAAAGUCCCAGAUCUUGUCACUCAGCGUCCCUACAUCACAACAAAGGUCGACGUCAAGCCCUUCGCAAAGGAAGCAAACACAGCGAGACUUCUUAAUGAGAUCAACAGGUGGAUGUCUGUGCUUUCAGAAGCCCAGACGUUUAACGAUACCAUGUCUGAACAUUCAACCCGUUCUCUGGGCCGAGCUUCAGCGAAAGGCAUGCUAAGCUUACCCCAAGCUCAACUAGAUGCGCUUGACCAAGCUGUACGUAACGACGAUGUUCUUGCUCUCGAGGACGGUCUUAAGGAAUGCAACGCUAUUGAGGAAGGCGCCCAUCCACUUCUCCUGGGUCUUCUCCAGCGGUCAAUUUCUGCGCGCUCCAAGAUAUGCAUCUCUUUUCUCGUUUCCAAUACCAAGACUCUGGAUGAGCCAGAUGACAUCAACGGUCGCAACAGCAUUCACCGUCUAGUUAUUCACAUUGGACGCACAAAGGCCACCAACGGUGAGCAAGAUUCAAAGUCUCGUCCUGUACCUGCAGGCUCGCAGUUCAGCAAUAGACACCUUGAACCGGGCUUAACUACCUCGAAGGCUGCCACAGCGUUGAAUCAGAACGAGGCUCUGCUCUUGAACAAGGAUGACGAGGCGGUUCAGCUUUUCAUAUUCCUGCUCGAGCAGCUACGCCCAGAACAGAGGAUUGCGCUCAAGAGCCGUGAUUCCUUCGGUCGUAUGCCACUUCAUUACGCGGCUCAGUUUGGCAUUGUAGUGAUAUGCCAGAUAAUCAUGUCCAAAAUGCAAGAAUGGGGCCAGUUCCAUGUCAAGGAUGGUAUUGAUACACCCGAGUGGCAGGACAAUGAUGGAUAUGCGCCCCUUCACCUCAGUGUUGUCGGAGGUCAUCCUCUAACCACCCGAGCACUCUUGCAGGGCGAGAACUGGGAAGGAUGCAGCAAAGGCAAGGCUGAUAUACGAAAGUCCAUCGCUAAAUCAGGUGCUGUUUUGGCCAUUGCUACAAAGUCAAACUACAGUGUCAUUGUGCAGCUCUUGAUAGAAGCUGGCGUUGAUAUCAACUGGAAGGACAAGACUGGCGAGACUGCGCUUCAUGUUGCCGCUCGGUUCGGGCAUGUUGAAUGCGCCCAGAUCAUCCUCAAGGGAACUCAAGAUCAAAAAGUAGACCUUGAGGCUACAGAGAGUACUUACUCCUGGACCCCCCUUCAUGUCGCUGCUGUCGACGGCAGAUCCAGCGUGGCAGAGCUUCUGGUUGAAGCCGGGGCAGAUAUCACACGUCUCGACUCGUCGGGAUGGACUGCACGGGAACAUGCUGCGCUGCGAGGCCAUAUGGAUAUUGCACGACUGCUUGAAACCGACACCCUCGAGGCUGAGUCUCCCCCAGUGAGACCAGUUGACACGCUGCAGCCAACACCCUCGGAUAUGUCAUCUAUCGAUGAACGACGCUCGAAUGGUAACGGAGCCAACAAUGUCUCGCGCUCUCAGGAUGCCAUCAAGAGUUUCGGACAUCGAUAUCUUACCAACGAAAGUCUCGUUCUUGUUAGUCUUGGGUCCAUGGACAUGCGAAAGAACGUUGAGCCAGUCAGCUUGGACCGCGUUCCGCUCACUGAAGCCCACAACACGCAACUUGACACUGCUCUCUCCAUUGUUGUGUCUGCUACGGGUGCUCAUGGCGAACCCACCAUCAUCGAUCUCCCAGUGCAUGAUAGCAUCUCGACUGAGCCCAUAGUUUUCAUGACAUUAGAGGCGGAAAAGGUGAAGCUUCUUUUCGACAUUGUUCCAACAUACUCUGGCAACGACAAGAACAAGGUUGGACGUGCUGUUGCCCUCCUCUCUUCUGUGAAACCAACACUGGGUUCUCGUCGUAUGAACUUACAGGGAGAUGUCUGUGUUCCUAUCAUGUCAAGCAACUUCGAUGUCAUUGGAACCGUCAACUUCAACUUCUUGGUUAUUACUCCGUUCCACCAUCCCAACAUGGAAGUCACCUCGCGACAGACAUACUGGAAGAAAUUGGAGUCUACCAUGCUAAUUGGCCAUCGGGGGCUCGGCAAGAAUCUGACGAGCAACAAGUCCCUCCAGCUGGGAGAGAACACGCUGCCAUCUUUCAUCGCAGCGGCUAACCUUGGAGCUCAUUACGUCGAGUUUGAUGUUCAACUGACCAAAGAUCACGUCCCCGUUAUUUACCAUGACUUUCUUGUCAGUGAAACAGGCAUUGAUGCCCCUGUUCAUACUUUGACAUUGGAGCAAUUUCUACACAUCAACUCGGACAAGAGUCGAGACUCGCAACAGCAAGCGAAGAAGAAGCCUCCUCACUCAGGAGUACCUGGCGAUUUCCGAGCGCGCAGUAACAGUGUGGCACCGAAACGCUCGCAAUCUAUGGGAUUUGCUGGCAGCGGGCCUGACGACUUGGAUGAACGCAUGAAGCACACAAAAGACUUCAAAGAGCAGGGCUUCAAGGGUAACACGAGAGGAAACUUCAUCCAGGCCCCCUUUGCCACCCUGGAGGAUCUCUUCCGGGAACUACCCGAACAUGUUGGCUUCAACAUAGAGAUGAAAUACCCUAUGCUACACGAGAGUGAGGAGCACGAGAUGGACACGUACGCAGUCGAGCUCAACUCUUUCUGCGAUACUGUACUCUCCAAGGUCUACAAUCUUUCCGGGGAACGUCACAUUAUUUUCAGCUCUUUUAACCCAGACAUCUGCCUGUGUCUGAGCUACAAGCAGCCUUCUAUUCCUAUCCUCUUCCUAACAGACGCAGGUUGUUGUGAUGUCUGCGAUAUUCGGGCUUCGUCGCUUCAGGAAGCUAUUCGUUUCGCGAGUCGCUGGAACCUCUUGGGUAUCGUUGCCGCUGCGGAGCCUUUCAUCAACAGCCCCCGGUUGAUCAAGAUUGUAAAGGAGAACGGUAUUGUAUGCUUCAGCUACGGUGUGCUAAACAAUGAUCCUAUCAUGGUUCAGCGUCAGGUCAAACAGGGCAUCGACGCUGUCAUUGUUGACAGUGUCCUCGCCAUCAGAAAGGGAUUGACAAGCGGAGAGACGCCUGCCGAGCUUACAAACGGAGAGGCUGAAACGAACGGCACUCUCAAAUCAACCCACGAGCUCAAGGAGAAGUUGGAGGAAUUGACAGUCAAUGGUGCGGGUCCUUGA